AUGACGAUCAAGCUACCAACGCGCAAGAUCGGUGCCACCGACGUAACUGCGAUCGGUUAUGGCACGAUGGGCUUGUCCAUUGCAUAUGGAGAGACUGGUUCCGACGAGGACCGUUUCAAAGUUUUGGACGCUGUGUACGAAAAUGGAUGCACCAACUGGGAUACUGCUGAUAUCUAUGGUGAUUCCGAAGACCUCAUUGGUAAAUGGUUCAAGCGCACCGGCAAACGCGAUGAAAUAUUUUUGGCCACUAAAUUCGGUCUAUACGGACCAUCUGGCAAAUUUGUGGAAGGUGACCCGGCCUACGUUAAGUCCUCUUUUGAGAAGUCUCUCAAACGCCUGGGGACCGACCACAUCGAUUUGUACUAUUUUCACAGAGCUGACAAGACAAUUCCCAUAGAGAAAACUGUAGGCGCCAUGGCUAACCUCGUGAAAUCUGGAAAAGUGAAAUACAUCGGCCUAUCCGAAGUCUCCGAGUCCACGCUUCGUCGCGCCCACGCUGUGCACCCCAUCUCGGCCCUCCAAGUCGAAUACUCGCCCUUUGCCCUUGAUAUCGAAGAUGAGAAGAUAGGACUCUUGAAAGCGGCGCGCGAGCUUGGAAUCGCAAUUGUUGCCUAUUCUCCCCUUGGUCGUGGGCUUCUGACGGGCCGAUAUAAAGGACCAGAAGAUUUUGAAGAAAAAGACUUUCGACGACUUAUUCCGCGUUUUUCAAAAGAGAAUUUCCCCAAUAUAUUGAAGCUGGUUGACAGCUUGAAGGCUAUCGGGGACAAACACAAGGUGACAGCCGGACAAGUCACGCUUGCUUGGCUGCUCGGACAAGGCGACGACGUCAUUCCAAUCCCCGGCACCCAGAGGAUCAAGUACCUGGAAGAGAACCUUGGAGCUUUGAAGGUUGAGCUCACUCGUGAGGAGCUGCUGGUCCUGCGGAAAGCAGCGGAGAGCUCGGAUGCAGCUUCGGGAGACAGGUACCCUCCCAAUUUUAUGGAUGUCAUGUUUAGCGACACUCCACUACUCUGAUGACUCUGAGCCUCCCACAUCAAGAUCCGCGCGCAUGUAUAUCAGCCGAAAAGAAUAUGUAGACCACGAGCAGCAUGAAAUUAAGAUACUUUGCAAUCUC